UUCGGACUGUAGCGGACUGAUCUGAGCUCGGCCAUGGAGGUGAGUCAGGCUGUCUGUCAGCAGGAUCGACUGCAGCUCCUCGCAGAGAAGAGGAAGUGGCAGACGGAGAUCGAGAACAAGAAGCGACAGCUGGAGGAUGACAAGAGGGCUCUGCAGCACCUGAAGUCGAAGGCUCUGAGGGAGCGCUGGCUGCUGGACGGAGCUCCUGCUGCCGACUUACAGCAGGACGAAAUCCAGAGACAACUGGAGCAGGACGAGGCCAAGACCAGGAGCCUGGAGGACACCAUCAGCAGGUUGGAGCAGGAGCUGGUCAGACUGGAAACUGGAGCGGUUUGUCAGACCAUAACACACACCACAGCGUCAUCAGGACCAGCUAAAGCUGCAGAGGUCAAAGGUCACAGCAACCGUCAGCAGGACAGUGCUGCCCCGCUGGGUGAAGUAGUCCAAGCCUUUGCAGAGGUCAAAGUUCACAAAAGUCCUCGAAUGAACAAACCAAGAGAAGCGACGGAGGAGAUGAAGAGAGCCAUGUACUCGGUGGAGAUUAAGGUAGAGCGGGACAGACUGACGGGGGAAACCCGGGUCCUGUCCACUAACACCACGCUUCCUGUUGACCUUUCUCACCAAGGGGUCAAAGUUUACGAGGACGAGCAGAAAGUGGUCCAUGAGAUGAACGGUGAAGACGUUCACCUGCUCAGUUCCUCCGAGGUCGAUGAGCUCAUCCACAAAGCUGAUGAGGCUUCGAUGAUGUCGCAGACCGAUGCCCUGGUGACCUCGCGCCCGAAAGUGGAGGAACCGGGGCCCAAACCCCAGCUGCCGGAGCCCCCAUGCUCGGAGCCCCCGCGUGUUGCGAUGGAGAUCACGGGGCUUGAGGCCAAACCUCACCGCGAGCCGAACAUGGCCGAAGCCAGUGCCGAGAACCCGGUCACCAUGGUGUUCAUGGGAUACCAGAGCGUGGAGGACGAGGCUGAGACCAAGAAGGUGCUGGGGUUGCAGGGGACAGUGAAGGCUGAGCUGGUGCUCAUCGAUGACCCCAACGGCAAAAUGUCACCAGGAGGAGGAGGGAAGGAAGAGAGCAGCGACACAGCCCAGACGGCAGCGCCACCUCCUCCCGUCUCCAAACCUGCGGUGGCAACGACGGCAAGUAAUGGAGAGACGGCAGGAGAGGUGGCGGGUGAGGUGGAGGGAGGAGUGGAGGAGAUAAAGAAGAAGAAGCAGCCGUGUAAGUGCUGCAGCAUCAUGUGAUCCUGCAGGGGGCGCUGCUUUUCAAAAUAAGAGUAAUAUAAAAAUUAAAACAGAGACUUUACAGAACAAGAAAGGAAAAACUACAUGAACUAAACUACACCCGCUUCCCUUAACUCCGCCUCUAACAACAUUACAUCAUUUCCUGUUCACAUCGCUUCAUUGUCAUCGGUUUUAUAAAACCUCUCUUUGCUUUUCUCUGUUUUUAUUUUUGUACUCCUCAUGUUUCCACCAGAUGUGUCUGAUCAACAUUAGCAUUAGCAUUAGCAGUCCUGAGUGUCUCCGUCAUUUAAACCAGUGCAUUAGCCUCAGACCUGUAUUUAUUUCCAGCUGCAGAGUCUCUCCUGGAUCCUGAUGAACUCUCAGCUUUUUUGUUGUUUUAUAAAAGAGAAAAUAAGUCCUGAACACAAGAUUCGGAUUUUGUGUUUGUUUGCAGACAAACAUCACACACCAACUCCAUCAGCUCCAUCACAUCACAUGACCUACAUAAAAUACAGCGAGACACGGUUUGAAUUAGACCAGCGCACUGCAUGGAGGACUGCUGUGUCCGCUGGUCCACCGUGGUCACAGUAACAUCCGGUUCUGGGCUCUGACGCAGUGCUGCAGGUCAGAGUGUCGCUGCAGAAAUAUUCGGAUAAACAUCCAGACUCCACCCGAAC